AUGUCGUCACUUGCGCCGAGGAAUAUUCUCCAGGGCGCCCAUUGGAACUAUCGCAUUCUCGAUCGCGUCAAGGGAGAUAACACGCACAUCUCUAAUGUAUUCAAAGCCGAGGUUAUUCCACGAGAGAACCCGCAUAAUGCCUCUAAGCCCCCAAGAUGGGCUUUUAUGAAAGGAGUCUUACCCGAAGAUCCAACUGCUAUGUUGAAUCUAGAACGUGAACUUCAUGCUUAUCGUCUUCCUGGUGUCGCUUCCACUCAGUGCUUCCGGAAGAUGUACGACGUGAUUGACAAUAACACUAUCGCCUUAGAAUGGCUGGACACCACUCUUGCAGAGUUAAAAUACCACCCUAAUGAUAUAGGCACCCGUCCACUUAUUGUUUCUGUUCUAAGAGCAGCGCUAAGUAGUUGUGCCGUUCUGGAGGACUCUAAAUAUGUGAAUACAGACUAUAAACCUGCUAACAUUCUACUUUCUGGCAUCGGGUCUGACUGCAUUACCGCUAAAGUAGGAGACCUAGGACUGGUGGUUCCGGUUGACCACCUGUAUAACGCCCAGCCAUAUGCCAUGCGAGCCCCUGAAGUCUUCCUUGGCCAAGCAUGCACAGAGCCAUCGCAGGUCUGGGCAGUUGCCGCGAUGUUACUUUGCUGGAUCAAACCUGGUGUAUUAGGCAUGUGGGGCAGCUAUCAUCCUUUGAUUAACGUGCCUUGGUCUAUGGCAAAGGUUAAGCGGCUCUUCCCCGACUGGAACAUUCCGACUCCUGAUGAGGUCGAUGGCGAUUGCCUUAAAGCUGCCGUAAAAUCCGCCAAAACCCUCGGUGAAAGUACGCCAGAACUACAAGCAAUUUUACCUUUUGACGAGGAGACAAAAACGAUGGAGAUACCGGAUCAGUUGAGGGAUCUUCUUCGUUCCAUGUUGAUACCCGAUCCGGUUGAGAGGCCCUCCGCUUUAUCUGUGCUGGCAUCAAGGGAGCUACAAGCCUUUGAGAAUAUUAUGGGCGCAUCAUUCAAUGUUUGA